AUGGUGGCCCGGAUUGGCGUGAAGAUGAAGCCGGCGGCUGUUCUCACUUGGCUUCUACUUCUGGCCGCGCCAUUGAGGGCCGAUCAGGAGGAGACUGACAGAUUGGACUCGUUUCUCGAUACGGUAAAUCGGAAAAUGGACUCAUCUACCGUAACUUCGAUUUAUUCCGACAAAGAAGGAGCCGGGCAAGAGCUUGUCGACAAAAAUGGCCGCAUCCGAAUCCGUGUCGGCCACAUCGGAGCCCUGAACGCGCUUCGAAAUGAUGAGGUCGUGCUGUCUGCCUCCCGAAAAUCCCUUCACCAAGAAGGGAUUCUUGAUGAUGAUUUCGACAUUGAGCUCGUCUCACAAAACGGCUGCGGAGAAUCGUACGAGGGAGUCGCCGUCGCCGCCGAUAUGUACCAUUUACAGAAAGUGAAAGCCUUCAUCGGCCCGUACUGUGCCGCGGAAAUUGAUGCGGUCGCCCGGAUGGCUUCGUUCUGGAAUAUCCCAAUCAUCGGAUACAUGGCCGCUUCAGCCUCGUUGGCUGAUAAGAAUCAAUACCGUACCCUGGCUCGGGUCUCGAUGCGAUCCACCUCUUCCAUUGCCGAAGCGACAUGUGCCCUGCUGCGUCAUUAUCAAUGGAAUCGGGUAGCCCUUGUGACAAACGUGGGAGCCGUUGCGUACGAGCGAGCAACAGCCUUCGAAGAAGUGUUCCGCCAGCGUGGUGUACAGGUCGUCAAGAAGGUAAUGUUCGACGAGAGUGCAAAGGCAAAGGAUAUGUACAACAGCGGACUGCUACAGGACAUCAGCAACACGGCGAGGAUAAUCAUCAUGGUGUUCUCAAACACGCGCGAGCAAUCCCGCGAAUUCAUGACGGCAGCUACGACAGCUGGUAUGGGGAUGAACGAAUUUGCCUAUAUCCUCCCCUGGCUACAGGAUGGAUCGAAGGAUACGUCGCCGUGGACGGGGGCUGAUGGAGAGAUGCUGCAGAAUGUCAAGGAUCAAUAUGCUAAUGCGAUUAUUAUCGACGACGUGAACGGGUUCGACAACUCGAUCGUUGGCCCGUUCCUGGAAAAGGUGAAGGAUGUGGGGCUGAAGCAGCAGGAUGUCGAUCUGGCAAACGUCUACGGGUACCUGUAUCUAUUCGACGCGCUCAAGCUGUACGCCAUGGCGGCGAGGGCCCUGUUGAAUGAGACCGGCAAUCCGGAUUCGCUGCUUGAUGGGCGGGCCAUUUGGAACAAAAUGAGACGCCGCACAUUUUUGGGAAUGGUCGGCACGUCCGGAAUCGCGUCUGGAAAAGUGACAAUGGACGAUCGGGGUGAGCGCGCGCCGCUAUACCGUGGUUUCUUCAUCUCGCCCAGCCAGGAUCAGGUAAUGCCAAUGGUUCACAUGGAGCCGACGUUCCUCGACAACUGCGACUAUCUGAUCAACGGCACCGGAUGCUAUGAAGUGGUGGUCACCGACAUGAUGAAGAACUUCUGGCCGAGCGUUGAUAAUCAAAUGCCCAGGGAGGAGCCGGUGUGCGGAUAUCGCGGCGAGCGAUGCGAUUAUACCCUCAUUAUCAUUGGCUCGAUCCUGGUGCUGUUGCUGAUCAUCUCCAUCGUGACGGCAUACAUCCUGCACGAUGUUUGCGAAAAACGCGCGCUAAACCGGAUGGCGUUCCGUAUUUUCCGCGACGAUCUGCAGCUGAUUGAUGAGGAUCAAGUGAAGAGUAUGCUAUCCCUGGGGAGCACGAGGACCAAACUGAGCAACAUGCAGUACAGCUCGCAGAAGAACCACGCAAUCCUCGGCACGAAUACGCAUUGCGUAUACCAUAAAUACGUCCAGCGGCGUCCGAUCGUGUUCAGCCGUUUCGACAAGGGGCUGCUGUCCUCAAUGAAACAAUCGGUGCACGACAACAUCAACACGUUCCUCGGCAUCUCGUUCAACGAAAAGGAGGAGGUGCUGCUCGUGUGGAAAUUCUGCUCCAGGGGCUCACUGCAAGACAUCAUCUACAACGACUCGAUCACGCUCGACGCAAAAUUCCACGGGGCCUUCGUACGGGAUAUUAUCACGGGUCUCGAAUACCUGCACGCGUCGACAAUCGGCUAUCACGGCUCGUUGACCCCCUGGGCGUGCCUUAUCGAUCGUAAUUGGAUGGUGAAAUUGACGGAUUACGGGGUGGCCGAGCCGCUGGAGAGAUGGGAAAAGUCACAGGUGCUGUCGAAGGACGAUUUCAAGGAUACGGAGGAGAAGGAGGAUAGAACCGCCCUCUACGACUCGCCGGAAAUGCUUAAAAUGCGCCAAAAGAAUAAAGAACGACGAAUGGAUCAGGAUUGGACCCGUCAAUCACAGGCCCGCCGCCAACUCGGCGACAUCUACGCGUUCGGGAUGGUGUUCUACGAGAUCAUGUUCCGCGCGUUGCCCUAUCCCGAGAAUACCGACAUUAAUGCCCUCGUCGACCAGAUCACCAGCGGAGAGCGCAUCGUCAAGCCGGGAAUUCAGAAUGAGAAGGUGUUGCACUACGACUUGUCGAACCUAAUCACCGAUUGCUGGAAUAACACACCGGAGAUGAGACCGUCGGUCCGGAGGAUCAAGCUCAACAUUGAGACCUAUCUGAAAGUCAAAGGCUCCCUAGUCGACCAAAUGAUGCGAAUGAUGGAGCAGUACGCCAACAACCUGGAGAAGCUGGUCCAGGAACGGACUGGGAUGUUGGAGGAGGCAAAUGCCCGUGCUGAUCGUCUCCUGUCACAGCUUUUGCCGGCGUACGUUGCUAAUGAGCUGAAGCUUGGACGUCCCGUUCCGCCAAAGACCUUCUCGCAGUCGACGGUCAUGUUCAGUGACAUUGUCGGUUUCACGGAAAUGUGCCGUAACGGCAGCCCCCUCGAAGUGGUCACCGUCCUCAACUCGAUCUUCAGCGGUUUCGACGAGUUCAUCGCUCGCCGUGAAGCUUAUAAGGUGGAAACGAUUGGUGAUGCGUACAUGGUGGUUUCUGGAGUGCCGGAGGAAAACGGAUUCCGACACAUCCGAGAGAUUGCCACAAUUGCAUUGGAUAUUCACAAGUUCCUCGCCGAAUACUGCCCACCCCAUCACGAAGACAUGCGGGUACGGUGUCGACUCGGAUUCGCGACGGGACCCGUUGCCGCGGCCGUUGUCGGCCUGAAUGCGCCUCGCUAUUGCCUAUUUGGAGAUACGGUGAAUAUGGCUUCGCGGAUGGAGAGUACCGGAGAACCGGAAAAGACACAGAUUUCUGAAGCGGCCAAAACCAUGCUGGCCAACCAUUAUCCCGAAUUUGAAUGUAUCGAGCGGGGACAAGUCGCGAUUAAGGGCAAGGGAAUGUGCACGACGUACUGGCUGGAGAGCACGAAGGACACGCUGCAAGGCCUCUACAGGGCGCCGACGGAACGCGUCUCCGACAAGCCGUCCUCCUCCCAAUUCGGCGCCUUCCUCGGACUCUCCAAGAACAAUUUACAGAAGAAA